GUAAACUGUGCUCGUGGAAUUCCAUCCCAUAAUCAUUUGGCAAUGUAGUUUGCAUUCCAAAUGUUACUGCAGCUGAUUGGUUAGGUUGAAAUCCAAGAAGCUACUUAGUCAGACAGAACAAGUAUUUUAGUAACUCCUCAGAGAGAUUACUGAACUCACGUUGUUAAGGCUGGCACUGGGAUGGUCUGGAAGUUUAUUGUAUGUGUAAUUCACCAGCAGUACAACUAUACUGUAGUUCUUUGUUUGCACAUGUUCACUAUAUUGUCCUUGCAUUGAAUGAUAGUUUGAAUGGAUUUCUUUUGCAAAACAGAAGUGAAGUCCAACAUGUCAGGAUCUACUGAACCAUCACAGCUGCUAAUGCCAGUGAAGGAGGAGAUAAAAGAAGAAGAAUUUGAUGAUUUCCUGCAAGAGUAUCUGUCUGCGAUUCAGAAAGUGGAAGAAAAGCCUGGACUGGAACAUGACUGUAAGACUGAAAAAUCACCAUCCUUGACCUGCAAAGAAGAAAAUGAUCCAGCGAUGGAAAUCAAAGAGGAAGAUGAAUUGGAUUUAAGAGAAUAUAGUCAUGAUGACUCCUCCCCUGCAAGAGACGUUCAAAGGAUUCCAUCUAACAAAAUGGGUAACAAUGAGGAGAAAAACAAAGAGAGACGUUACAAACGCCCCCAGUGCAGAAAGACUUCAUACCAGAAAUCACAGGAGCGAUUGGACAUCGGGGAGAACCAACAUGAAUGCUCCCAGUGUGGAAAGACCUUUAAUCAAUUGGGCAAUCUCAAGAGACAUCAGAGAAUCCAUACUGGGGAAAAGCCACAUCAGUGUGCUACAUGUGGGAAGAGUUUCAGGAGCAGCAAAGAACUUACCAUCCACCAGAUGUCACAUACUGGAGAAAAGCCACAUCAGUGUUCUCAGUGUGAAAAAGCCUUUAUGAAAAUAUCUGCUCUCAAGACACACCAGAGGAUCCAUACUGGGGAAAAGCCGUAUCAGUGUUCUCAGUGUGGAAAUGCCUUUAGUACAAUAGGCAAUCUCAAUAGACACCAGAUGAUUCACACUGGGGAAAAGCCACAUCAGUGUGCUACAUGUGGGAAGAGUUUCAGGAGCAGCAAAGAACUUACCAUCCACCAGAUGUCACAUACUGGAGAAAAGCCACAUCAGUGUUCUCAGUGUGGAAAAGCCUUUUGUCAAGUAUCUGUUCUCAAGAGACACCAGAGGAUCCAUACGGGAGAAAAGCCCUAUCAGUGUACAAUAUGUGGGAAGCGUUUCAAGAGGAGCACACAUCUUACCUCCCAUCAGAUCACCCAUAGAUGAGAAAAGCCUUAUAUCAGGGGGGGGACCUUAAUUAAACUGUCAAACCUCAAGUUACAUUAAACAUACAAAAGUAAACUCCCAUCAGUGCAGUUCAUGUGAAAUGACCAUAAGAAGUCAUCCACCAUGUACUGAGAGGGGGGGGGGGUCAUAGAAAUACUCUAUGCAAAUGCCAACGCCAUAUAACCAUAGUUCCAUAUCCAUUAGAGGACACUCAAAGGAGAAAAGGAUUGAUGGUGUGGAAAGUCUUCCAAUCAGACUUCUCUUUUUGAGAAACAUUAGAAAUGGGAGAAAAACCUCACAAAUGCUCAAUAUUACAAUACAAAACCUUCCAAGAGUUUGUGUUGGAAAUGGAUACAAGACGAAAUUACUGGAUUUGUAACUUUCACACUGUAUUCCUCUUUGAUGAGUAUGAUCACCAAUAUGUGAUUUUUAAUGUUGCCUACUGAAAGCAAUGGACUCAAUGAACUGUUAUGAAUGGCAGUUAAUGUAAAUUCUAGAACUGUAUGAUAUAAUUCUGGAAUGAUUUGCAUAAAAUCCACUCCUUAAAUGGUUAAUCUUUCCUGGUAAGCUUAUGCACCACCACGGUAUACAUACUGAGGGAAAAUAAAUGCUCAAGAUAUGCAGAGGCACACUGCUGGAUAAAUAAGCUCAAGAUUCAUCAGAGGAUUAAUACAGGGGAAAAGCCUUACCAAUGUUCUCAGUGUGGAAGCCUGAUCACUCCUCAGCCACAAUAUCACACCAGGAGUUCAUACCGGAGCGAAGCCUUUCAUGUGUUCUGUCUAUGGGAACAGGUUUACUUAAAGCUCUAGCCACAAGAGCUAUCCACAGACGCAGACGCAGACAAAAUGCACCCAUCAUUACACAAUAUGUUGAUUCUAAAAAGAACACAUGGCUGAGUGGAGGUCUAACCUUGAAUCAUUUAUGAUCUGGCUUCUGAUGGGGACGUAUGAAAUGUGGCUGAGUGGAGGUCUAACCUUGAAUCAUUUAUGAUCUGGCUUCUGAUGGGGACGUAUGAAAUGUGGCUGAGUGGAGGUCUAACCUUGAAUCAUUUAUGAUCUGGCUUCUGAUGGGGACGUAUGAAAUGUGGCUGAGUGCCGGUCUAACCUUGAAUCAUUUAUGAUCUGGCUUCUGAUGGGGACGUAUGAAAUGUAGACACCCAUUAAUGCAUGUGAGGUCUGUGUUACUCUGUUACUUGCAUGGAGAUAUUGUAAUGUCUGCUUGUAAGUCUGUGCCUGUGUUUGAAGUGGGAUUUCUGCCAAAAAUAAAGCUUUUAAUUAAGUGAA